GGGGACCAGCCAAAUGUCCCCACAAAGAGGGACAACCAGACGCACUUGGCAUGCACUGACACACUUGCACAUCAUCGGACACACAAACACUGGAGGAUUUAAAUGUGGGAGGGGGGGGCUGCUGCUUUCAAGGGGACCCCCCUGGCGCCCCUCUUUCAUCCACUCCUCUCUUCUCUUCAGCCCUGGGAGCCGGACAUUCUCACAGCAGCUCAGAGCGGCGCAGCAUCGCACGACACGAUGAAGGUCCUGCCCGGCAGCGUCCUGCUCCUCCUGCUUUGCCUCCCAGUCCUGCUGGAGGCCAAGCGCCAGGGAAAACCUCUGCAGCCGCCCUCCUCUCCUCCGCCGGCCAAGAGAGCCAGGGGCCGCUCGGUGCCGGGCUCUGGAGAGCUGACCACCAAAGAGGGACACCGCUGCACCUGGCAGACCUCUGGAGAAGGUCUGGUGACCUUGCAGGUGAACUGCAGCACAGAGACGCCCAGAGACAGCAGGAGGUACUGGUGCCGAUACGCCGGGAAACCGGACCUGUGCCAGGCCUACAGCCUCAAGUCCAGCCAAUACUGGAAGCAGCUGGUGGGGAAGCUGAAGAAGAAGCAAAAUGCUUGCGAUGGAGAGAAAAUCCUGAAGGCCAAGACCUGCAAGAAGGCCCCGGCCGAGGCCCACAUGAAGCUGGCGCAGCACAGUGGAGAGGAGGAGAAGAAAGCUGGCAAACGUAAGGGAGCCUCACGCAGCGGCGAGGAGAAGAGGAGGAAGAAGGACGGGCAGCUGGAGAGGGCGCCGGAGGCGGAGCACGGGCUGAUGAGCGACGCGCCGGCGCAGAGCUACUGUGGCCAGGGCUGGAACUCGCUCUGCUCCUUCUUCGCCAAGAUCUUUGAGGGCUGAGAGGAGAAGCCCCGCCGUCCUGUAGACCACGCCAGCUAACCACCUGCUAACAAAGGCCGCAAGAAAACGUCGUCUUGUUUUCGAAACUGAUGCCUUGGUAGGACGUCCUGUGCUCAUGUAGUGUGUGGAAAACCUUUCAUUAAAGAGGAUUAUUAACCAAC